AUGCCUAGCACUCUGGACCUAGCCUCGGUAUUCAGUAAAUCCCGCUCACCUCGGCUGAAUGGCACAGGCACAGGAACGGACGAGCAUCGCGCUGCAAGACUUCACAAGAAACCGUCUACGACGAUUCGGUACCAGAGUGUUGCUCCAGCUAGUUACGAGCCGCCUCAGUUCGACAGGAUCGCUCAUCUGGCGGCUCUAUCGAGGGCUGCGACCCAAGACCGGUUGAACGAGCAAGUGGUGCAGCCGCGCUCGCCGAGGCUCAACGUGACGGUGGAUGUUCCAUCCAUACCGCGUGCUUACGCGCGCGCGACGGUCACGUCGUUCUCUUCAACGAGUACCGUCGGAAAACCGCCUGUAAUACCUGUGAUACCCGUCAUACCCAGGAGGACGGCGUCGGCGCCAACGCGGGAUGCUGUGUUGCCCCUGGUGACCACCAUGGAAGUACCACAGCCGUCCCGUCCCCAGCUCGCCCCUACUCGUUCGGUCUCGUCAUCGUCUAAGAAGCUUCAAAAGAAGAGUACUGGUACCUUUUUCUCGGCGAAGGGGAAAAGACGGCUUCAGGAGUUGAUAUGGAAAUCGCCCAAACCUGAAAACCAAGCUUUGCCACGGCGAGGUCAAGGCGAGAACGAGCGGGGUGAGUCGUCUUCGCCGUGGUUUUCUGACGAAGAUGUCAAAGUAGCGAUGGAUAAGCUGCAUAAUCCAGCCGCGAUCAUCAAACCGUCAGACGCGCUCGAGCUGUCCCCUCGAAACGUUUACCUCCGCCUUACUUCUUGCGACGCCCUGCGUAUCCUCCAGCCCCUGUACCCGCCAGCAUUCCUUGCCACCACCGUCCGACGCAAAGUGAUACGAGCGGCAUUUGGCGGUUCUUUCGGAAUCUUCCCUGAGAUAUUACCGAAGUCAGAAGCCCUCCGCGGCUUCGGAAACUUUGCAUUCCUUUCGUUAGAAGCGCAACGACAUGCGCCACAGCUACCCGGGGCUCCGGGAUUGUUCUUUGACGUGGAUGGAACAAAGAUGCCGUACGAGGUGGAGUGCAGAGUUAUGGUGCGCACGAGUCCGGACAAGUGGCUGUACGUCGGGCAGUAUACAUUCGUGAGAACGGGCACUAUGAGUGGCGAGGAGUGGAAUGCGCAGAAUUCGGUGGCGCGCCUUUCGUGGGCCCGCGAGAUCUCGGAGGGGAAGAAACGAUACCGCGUCAUUCGUGCGCGCAUAAAGCUCCGUUACGAGUUCGGACGAGAACCGACUGCGGGAGAGGUGCGCGCCAAAGAAGACGAAGACAGAGAAGACCCGAUCGAAGUCAAGGUGCGGGAUGCCUUGCGAGACUUGGGUGAAGGGAAGGAGACCAUGCACAUUUGGGCGAUGAAAUGCGUCGGGUAUGACUACGCGUUCCAGAAGAGACUCGUGAAGCUGGCUGGCGAGCAGAAGGCGUAGUCCUUGACCUAGUACUCGGGAGGGCGUGUGUAGUUGAAUCUCAUCGUGGCAUUGCGCAGAAUUGCAGUACUAGUGCUCUUGCCAGUGCGCCGGCUGUGACAAACCAACCGAGGCCUCCAAUUCCAUCACGGAAGCG